ACCCGCGACAGGGAUCCUGCCCGGGACCCAGAGGCCCCCCGGCUGCACGGCGAGCGGGAGCCCUCGCUGCCGCCCCCGGAGCCCCGGCCGCCCGCGCCCUCGCCGCCUCCUGCACCUGCCGCCGCCCCGCGCCCGCGACCAUGGCCAACGCCGGGCUGCAGAUGCUCGGCUUCAUCCUGGGCAUCAUCGGCUGGGUCAGCUCCAUCGUCACCACCGCGCUGCCCCAGUGGAAGAUGUUCACCUACGCCGGCGACAACAUCGUGACGGCCCAGGCCAUCUACGAGGGGCUCUGGAUGUCCUGCGUGUCGCAGAGCACCGGGCAGAUCCAGUGCAAAGUCUUCGACUCCCUGCUGAACCUCAACAGCACUUUACAAGCGACCCGAGCCUUGAUGAUAAUAGGCAUCCUGCUGGGCCUGAUCGCCAUCUUCGUGUCCACCUUGGGGAUGAAGUGUAUGCGGUGCUUGGAAGAGGAUGAGGUCCAGAAGAUGCGAAUGGCUGUCAUUGGGGGCGUGAUCUUUCUUAUCGCAGGUCUCUCUAUUUUAGUUGCCACAGCAUGGUAUGGUAAUAGAAUUGUCCAAGACUUCUAUGACCCUAUGACCCCCGUCAAUGCCAGGUAUGAGUUUGGUCAGGCUCUCUUCAUUGGCUGGACUUCUGCAGCUCUCUGCCUUCUGGGAGGCUGUCUACUUUGUUGCUGUUGUCCUCAAAAGGCAGCCUCCUACCCAUCACCCAGGCCUUACCCCAAACCUGCACCUUCCAGCGGGAAAGACUACGUGUGAUGGAGGCAAAGGAGCCCGUGUCCAUCGGAAGCAAAAGGAAGCAAACUUUGAAGUGUCAUCACUGACCUUGAGGUCAGAGACUUUUGACUGAUGCUCUGAACUGCGUCAUUACAAAGGACACCAUAUUUUUAUAAAUAUCAAUUGCUGGAAGCAGCCUGGUCUUAUCUUCCCUUCUUUCCUCCGUACAAGAGGGAAGCCCUUUCCAUUUGUAUCAAGUGCUUUCCUCUGAGGAAUCACACUCAGAUGGGAGGGAAGGAUGGACGCUCCUUAAAUAUGUAUAGAUGUGUGUAUAUACAUGUUUUUCUAUAAAAAGUUUAGUAAAAAUCUCUUAUUCACAUUAUGUUGGAAUCAACAUACUUAAAAUAUUUCUAAGAUACAAAAUAUAUAUGUAUUCCCUUUUGAUUAAGACAUUUAUUGGUAUAUUUCCUCCUCCUCUAUCUACACAUAUAUUAUAGAGCAACUAUCAUUUAAUCCCUGUUAUGUUUUUACUGUCUUUGCCAUAGACCAAAAUUGUUUGCCAAGCAACAGUUUCCAUUCUUCCUGUGUAACCUUUUGUAUCUUAUUUUAUUUUAUUGUAUCACUUAUUUGUUCAUGAGGUCCUUAUCUUUGUUUCUGAAAGUGAGUCUCUUGACCCUGGAGUCUGACAAUGCUUGACGUAGACUACAGUUUAAGACCAAAAGCCAGUAAGAAUUCCACUAAAAAUCCAUGUGGUGAGCCAACAUCUUUUUCCACGACCCGACGAUAUUUUCUUGUAACUUUCCCACCUCUUCCUUGUGCUUUGACCUAAAACACUCUUUAUUUGCUUUGAAAAUAUUUGUUUCAUUGAAUAGCUGUGCCACUCAUCUGAAUAUUGUGACACAGUCUCAUUGAUUGAAUUUCAAAGGUACUUACAGUCCCAUUCCCCCCCCCCAAACUAUUGGUUUCUUUGUCUUUUUUUUUUUACUAUUUUUUUUUCUCAUGUACUCGUGUCAUGUAUUUUACCUUUCCCCAGGAAGGUGUGGUCUGUUUAUCUAAACAUAGUGCUAGACUUGCUGGAGUGAUAAUCUGAUGACAAAUAUUCUCUGUGUAGCUGUGAUCAAGUCACUUAAUCUUUCUAUCUCUUUUCCCAUCUGAUAAAUUGAAAUAAUUAUGCUUAAAAAGCUGGUACAAGUGAUGCGAGUAUUAAUUAGUUGAUAUGACUCUCAUUCCUUUAGUGUGAAUGAGCUAUGCUUAAGUAGUAUUUUCCUUUGCUCAGUUGGCAGUUUCGAAGUCACUGAAUAAAACCUGAACACAUGACUUCACAUUGUCCAAUAUCUUUAUCUUUUCAGAGGCCCCUCACCUUUAGCCAUGCCUAGCACGCUGUUGGUGCUCUGUUCCAUUUUCAUAACUCCUUUUCCUGUUCCAGUCUGUAGCAGAUGCUGGUUCAUUGAGCAACCUGAUGUAAUAAAAAAGGGUGUUGGCUUUGAUGUGCAGAGCACUGAGUUUAAAUCCUGGUGCUACCAAUUAUUCUGAUGUUUGGCAAGGCACUUGGUUGCCCUAGAUAUAUUGCUUCAUCUGUGAAAAAAAAUGUUUGUGAUUCCAGGCCUGCCGGUGUCACAGGGAUAUUGUGAGGAUCCAGUGAGAUAGGACAUGUGCACAUGUGGCUUUUUAAAGUGAAAUAUGAAGGGAUUAAGGAACUCAAGUGCAUAGGUUCAGUCAUGUACUUUGCAAAUGAGUGAGAAGAGAUUAGUUUUAAAAACAAGGUUUCUUUCAUUACCCAGCCUCCCUAGAGGUGAGACCCUAACCUGAAAUUCAGCUCAGUGAAUGAAAAAGAUUCCAAGGAAGUUCUGGUUUCUUCCAUCGGUUUGGACUGAUGUUCCUGUAGCUAAAUACAUGUAGUGUAGGAAGUAAAGCCUGAGUGCUGGCAAAGCCCAUGAUGUAGGAGAACGUUUGAAGUCUGUCCUGUGAGGGAUCAUAAGGUGGCGCUUGUUAAGUGUUGCCUUCAGAGUUGUUGCAAUUGGGUGUUACCUAACACUGCUAGGAUAAUUGGAGAAUGGUACUUCAUGGGAAACCCACAUGGGAAGCUCUGAAAAAGACUGUGUCCUGAAGAUCUGAAGCAAGCAAUCUUCACUGUGUCCUCCGAGUUGGACAGUAUGUUUCUAGAAGUUAUCAUUCAAAGAGUACUUUCUACAUAUAUAGCUCUUAAUGGUGUGUAAAUACAAAUGUAGAUGGGAAACUCCAAACUCAUUUCUAGUCAAAACUGAUCCAAAAACAUUUUUAUGCCAAAAUAUAUCUAGUUUUGAUAUUUCCAUAGCCUACUACUGUGCCUUGAAAUGGACCAACAGAUAUUGGGGGAAAGGGGUAAUAAGAAUUUGUAUAAAGCAUUAUUCUUUUUCAAUAAAUUUUUUAAAAAUAAAA